UUAUUUGUAAGGAAGGUGUAAGGUAAAGUAGUAAUCCAGAAAGAAGAAAAAAAUCUAAACAGAAGUGGCAAAGCAUAUAAAGCAAACAUUACAGCAGCAUCUAAAACAUACAACUACUCACAUAAAAAAAAAGUUUUCUUUUAAAAUCCUAAAUUCAAAAAGUUAUUUCUUUUUUAAAAAAGGAAGCGUAUGGAAGAAGAAGACGGAGACGCGUCUACGCCGUUCUGGCUUCAAUCCCGCCGCAAUAACACUCACUUCCGCCGUACAUCUAGUCUCGGCGGCCGCGCAACCACCGUCGCCAUCCAAGCAUUCUUCGCCGGAGCAGCGGCGAUCCUCAUAGUCUUCUUCAUUAUCCAUCCAUUCUUCUCCUCUGUUUCACAGUUUCUCCGACCACAUUUGGUCCGCAAAAGCUGGGACUAUCUCAACUUCGUCCUCGUCCUCUUCGCCGUUAUAUGCGGUUUCCUCAGCCGCAACACUGAUAACGACGAAAGCAGCAAUCACAACAAGGAAGAAGUCGGUAAAAAUAAUGAGCGCGGGGUUCGUGUAUCCACGCCGCGUUAUUGGAUCGAUGAUCACGGAGGUGAUCAGUUUCCCGACCAGACGGUGUACAAGAGGAGGUUUAGCAGUUUAAGGAGUAGUAGCUCGUAUCCAGAUCUGCGGCUCGGAGAAAUUGAAUCCGAUGAACGGUGGAGAUUUUACGACGAUACACGUGUAAGUCGAUGCCGUUAUGAAUCUUCAGAUCCUCCGAUUUAUCGAGCAGGGAGCGGUUUCGAAACUGAGAAAGCUGAAGUAGUAGAAGAGCUAUCAGCGCCUUCUAAUCCGCUGCCUCAGCCUUCUGCUCCUCCGUAUCCUCUUUCUCCUCCGCCAUCUCCGCCUCGUGCUCCUCCACCGUCGAAGCCAGCGAAGAGGAGGACAAAGAGAGUGUAUCAAGAUGUUGCUGCAAAGGAAGAGAAGAAGCAAAGUGGUGAUUCUGUUGCAGCGGCGACGCCUCUGAUCACUCCGGUUCCGGUGCCGGAGAGCAGUAAACAUGAGAAGAAGAAAGGCGGAGGGGCAACGAAAGACUUUCUUAUUGCCUUACGGAAAAAGAAGAAGAAGCAAAGGCAACAGAGCAUCGACGGUCUCGAUUUACUCUUCGGCUCCGAUUCUCCAUUUGACUAUUCACCGCCCCCGCCACCUCCUCCACCACCUUUCUUCCAGUCCAAAAGAGGUAAAACCAAAACUAGAUCAAAUCCGCCGCCUCCUCCUCCGCCACCUCCACCAUAUCGGAGCUAUGAAUCACGCUCAUCAACGGCGAAGAUACACAAAGCCGAGGUAACUCGCUUCUAUGACACUGGAAGCGAAUCGCCACCACCGAUGCCGAUCCCGCCGCCUCCUCCUCCACCGCCGUUCAAAAUGCCGGCAUGGAAAUUCGUGAAGCGUGGAGACUACGUCAGGAUGGCUAGCAACAUUAGCAUAAGCUCAGACGAACCUGAUGAUGACGAUCAUAAGUCAGUUGACGUUAAGACAGUCGAGAGUAUGUUUUGUCCGAGCCCCGACGUAGAUACUAAAGCUGAUGAUUUCAUCGCGAGGUUCAGAGCUGGACUCAAGUUGGAGAAGAUGAACUCCGUGAAAAGAGGGAGAUCCAAUUUAGGACCCGAGCCCGGUCCUGGCGAUUCAUAAAUCUAAACUGGUUAUAAAUCCAUUCGAGGCCUAGGCCCAUGUGUACAGACGUUGAUUUCUUCUUUUUUUCGUUCUUUUGGAGUGUUUUAUUCUUGAUCGUCGCUUCCUUUUGGUGUGUAUGAGUAAAUUGUGUUGUGUCCAUCAUAUAUAUUUCUUGAACUAGUUUCUCGAGCUA